AUGGACAACUCCAGCUACAAUGACUGCAAUCGCGCCUUCUUGCAGGCCUUCAUGGCUCGCUCAUCAAUGACCCUCGAGGAAGCGCAGCCAGUGCUGGCUGCCAUAAUUUCUGCCCAUGAGGGCCGCACUAUCGACCCAGACGACAUCACUCAAGAACACCUCUCCUCUUACAUUUCCUCGGCCAACACCGCCAUCUCUCCCUUCAACUUCGAAAUCAGAAGCUCCUUACGCCAAAUCACAAAAGAUUCCGAUCAAAAUACCCCUGACACUCCUCCUGAGCGGGUAUACGCUCUUGUCAACGUCCACGUCGAUGCCCUUACCCAACUCGCAACCACCUACUCCCCCGACGAGAUCGCCUUCGUCAAGCGGGUUCUGGAUUACAUGUUCGACACGAAUAACACGAAGAUAACAGAAGCAAUGGUUAUCACGCCGAUCCAAGCCACCCAGCUGGCCAAGGUUUCUUCGGCAGACAUAAACCGUCGGCGGUCGACAAAUGCCGAGAUACAGCAGAACCAAGGCGGAGCAGCACAGUCUUUGACCAUGACGCAAGCCGAGACAAUGAUGCAAAACCUCCUUGUAGAAGGCUGGUUGGAGAAGAGCAGGAAGAACUUCUUCAGCUUGACACCGCGUGCGCUGAUGGAGCUGCGAAGCUGGCUGAUCGACACGUACAACUACGUGAAUGAGAAUGGGCGGAAAGUGGAGCGCAUCAAGUUUUGUGCUGCUUGCAGGGAUAUUGUCACAGUGGGUCAACGAUGUGGCGACCGUGAUUGCCUAGGCCGACUUCACGAGCACUGCAUGCGCAAUUUUUUCCGCGUACAGCAGGCCGAGAAGUGCCCCGUUUGCAAAGAGGAUUGGCCUGGGGAUAAGUUCGUGGGUGAGCGGGCUGUGACCUCGGCGACGAACCGGAGGCAGACGACCAACAUUCCGCAGACUAGCCAGGUGCCUUCAAAUGCUCCGAAUGGCCAUACGGAGACUUCCGACGAGGAAAGUGGGGAGGAUGAAGGGUGA